UGACGUGGCCCGGGCCCGGCUCGGACAUGGCGGACGGGAGCAGGCAGAGCAAGCUGGCGGCGGCCAAGAAGAAGCUGAAAGAAUAUCAGCAGAAGAAUAGCCCUGGAUCAACUGCCGGAGCUAAAAAGAAACGCAAAGGUAAAGACGGAAGUAGACCGGAGACGCCAACUAAUGAUGGCCGGGAGUCUCCUGAAAACAUUCAGAACAUUCUGAAGGUGCUGGUGUCAGACCUUAACCGCUCCAAUGGGGUAGCCAUACCUUCAUUGGACAAGAGGAAGGCAUACUGUGAUGGUGGUGUUUCCACUCAUAAUGCUGAACAACUUGCUGCUGGUGUCCCCACGUUGUCUAACAGCAACAGUGUGCCUAGCUCUGCCGCUCCAGGUCCUGCUAGCAUGCAUCUACCACAGAUCUGUGACUCUGAUAUUCAUACAAAUGUCUUGGAAGAAAAUAGGUCCCUCUCUUUGACAGAAAGUCUCCGCCAGCUUUCUGAACAGCUUAAUGGCAUGGUCAAUCAGCCUACAGCCUAUGUGAAUGGGGAAAAUUCCACGUCUUCCACGGAUAUGAAAGAGAUGGCAACACGUUACCAGGAGCUGGCAGUAGCCCUAGACUCCAGCAAUCUAACAAACAAACAACUCAGUGCAAAGAUAGAGGAAUUGAAGCAGCAGAACCAAGAGGCCAUGAAUCAGCUGGAGAAGGAAAAGAAGGGGUUUGAACAGAAGUUUUCAAAGGAACAAGCAGCAUUGCGAGAACAGUUACAGGUCCACAUCCAGACUAUAGGGAUACUGGUUUCGGAGAAGUCUGAACUGCAGACAGCCCUUGCGCAUACGCAGCAGGCCGCUCGGCAGAAAACAGGAGAAGUUGAGGAUCUUGCUUCUCGGUUGCAGUCCUCUCGCCAGAGGAUAUCUGAGCUGGAGCACACUCUUUCUUCCAUCUCUACCCAACAGAAGCAGUCAGACAAACAUAAUAAAGAGCUGGCAAAAGAACGAGACAGCCUGAAACUGGAAGCCUACAAGCAGAGCAAAAGCAGUGAAGAACUGAAGCAGCAGAACUCCGAACUGUCAGAGAAGCUGCAUGCGCUGAUUUCAGAGAACUCAUCCAUGAAGUUGGAUGUGGAAGAUCUGCACAAGAAACUGGAAAUGGCAGAGCUGAUGAUUCAGCAGUUUGCAAGUCAGCCGGGGAUCCCAGAUGCUACUCAACAGCUGCAAAUGGCACUGGAGGAGAGGGCAAACUUAGAAACACAAAUUGCACAGCUGUCGGAGUCACUGCAACAACUCCAGGCUGAACGGGAUCGGUAUGCCCACAAGCUGAAGGAGGAAGGGGGAAUCUGGCAGCAGAGGGUACAGCUGCUGUCUGAGCAGGUCCAGACGUUGACGGAAGAGAAAGAUUUGAAUGUAAUUCGCAUCCAGGAGCUGGAAGCUAAUUUGUCUGAACUGCUCAGCAGUCAGUUGGCUCCUAAGCCCCAGGAGAAUGAGCCUGCCUCCUCCAUGGGCCCCUCAGAAGCGGAGCUGCGCUUGCAGGAAGAGCUCAGUCAGCUGCUGCGGGACAAGGAGGAGCUCCGCGAGCAGUGCCGAGCCCAGGUGCAGGACAACAAGCAGCUGAGCCGCCUCAAUCGAGAGCAGGAGGAGCAGCUGCUGGAGCUGGAGAAGGCCCUGCAGCGCUACAGCGAGGAGGCCGUGGACAGGCAGCAGAUCCUGGAGAACAUGCAGAGCGACAAGGCGACCAUCAGCCGGGCUCUGACCCAGAACCGGGAGCUCAAGGAGCAGCUGGCCGAGCUGCAGAACGGGUUUGUCAAACUGACCAACGAGAACAUGGAGGUGACGAACGCCUUGCAGUCCGAGCAGCAUGUGAAGAAGGAGCUGGCUAAAAAGAUCGGGCAGCUACAGGAGAAGCUGGCGGAGCUCAAGGAGACGGUGGAUCAGAAAACACAAGAUACCCAGGCCCUCCAGGAGCAGCGGGAUCAGUACUACAGCCACCUCCAGCAGUACACCGCCGCAUACCAGCACUUAGCCAGCGAGAAGGAGGAGUUGCACAAACAGUACCUUCUUCAGACGCAGCUCAUGGACCGCCUACAGCACGAGGAGGUCCAGGGCAAAGUUACUGCAGAGAUGCACUUCAAAGAGCUGCAGCAAGCCAAGGAAAGCCUGGAGACAGUUGCCAAAGAAAACAAAGAGCUGCAGGCCCAUGUCAGCCAGCUCAUGGCAGAACUAGAUGAAAAGAUGCUGCCCAGGGCAGAAGGGGAUGGAGUGGAAACUGAAGAGGAGACUGUUGAGGACAUGAAGGCUUCAUUCACCAUCCCAGAGGAGUUUGAAAACAGAGAAGAGAUGGUUGCUUUCUUGACGUCUUCCGUGUCCCAAGUGGAGAAGGAGCGUGAGGAGAUGAGGCAGCAACUGGCGGAGCAGAAGAGGCAGUGCAGAGGCCUCCUGCAGCAGAUAGCCGCGCUGAGGAAAGAGCAGCAGCUGCAUGUUGCAUCAGGAGCAGGUUCUGUUGUAGAUUCUGUUCCAGCAGAGGUUCACGAAGCCUUAAAGAGUGCCAUGGAGAAGCUGCAGUCCCGUUUCACAGACUUGAUGCAUGAGAAGGCAGAGCUGAAGGACCGAGUGGAUGAGCUGGAACACCGCUGCAUUCAGCUGUCUGGAGAAACAGACACCAUCGGUGAAUAUAUUGCCUUGUACCAGAGUCAAAGGGCUAUUCUAAAGCAGCGCCACCGGGAGAAAGAGGAGUACAUCAGCAGACUGGCUCAGGACAAGGAGGAGAUGAAGAUGAAGCUACUGGAGCUCCAGGAGCUGGUGAUGCGUUUGGUCGGGGAGAGAAACGAUUGGUACACAAAAUACAUGACAGUAGCUCAGAACCCAGAGCCGCAACCUGGCCCAGGGAGUGAGGCUGCCGUCGCAGCGGAGAGGCGCCUUGAGCUGGACGCUACAGAUGGCGAAGGGUUGCGGGAAGUGAGUUUGACAGACGAGCCAGAACAGAAACCGGCAGUUCCUCCUCCAUCCCGUCCGUUCCACGCUGAUGGCCAAGGUCCCCCGCCUGCUCCUCACGACCCUACCGCCAAGCAGAUCAUGCAGCUUCUGCGUGAAAUUCAAAACCCCCGAGAGAGGCUGGGCUCCCUCUUGGAAAACCCCUGCAUUCCCUUCUUCUAUCGGGCUGACGAGAAUGAUGAAGUCAAGAUCAUGGUGGUUUAAUCAGCCUCCUCAA